AACAAGCCAAUGUUAGUUCACGACGUUGCUCCACACUCAUUCUUUUUGUUCUCUUUGACAAAAAGAAAAGAAAGAAAAAGCUUGAAGCUUUUCAACAAUGGAUUGGUCUGCCAUAAUAAGUCGCUGGAGAAGCCAUGCAACUUUAAGAGUCCUUGGCCUAAUCUUGCUGGGUCAACUAGUUUCUUUCUCCAUUGCCCUCAUGAGCCUCAGUUCCUCUCUCAUAGCCCAACUUGGUGUUGAUGCACCUCUAACUCAGAGCCUGUCUACUUAUGCAUCUUUAGCUUUGGUUUAUGGAAGUAUAUUGCUUUAUAGGCAUCACAAACCUCUGGUUUCUUGGUAUUGGUAUUUACUAUUAGGUUUUGUUGAUGUUCAAGGGAAUUAUUUGGUUAACAAAGCAUAUCAAUAUACGUCCAUUACUAGUGUAACAUUACUCGACUGUUGGACAAUACCUUGGGUCCUUAUACUCACAUGGAUCUUCCUAGGCACACGAUAUUCCCUAUGGCAACUAAGUGGUGCAGCUCUAUGUGUGCUGGGCCUUUGUUUAGUCAUACUUUCUGACACUUGGGUUGGUGGUGGAGGUGGAUCAAGACCUAUCUUGGGCGAUGUACUUGUGAUUGCAGGGACACUUUUCUACGGAAUAAGCAAUGUUGGUGAAGAAUUUUGUGUUAAGAGGAAAGAUCAGGUUGAAGUAGUUUCCAUGCUUGGUCUUUAUGGAUUCCUAGUAACCAUUGUUGAAGUAUCUGUUAUAGAAUUGAAGACUCUGGAAUCUGUCAAAUGGUCUACAGAUAUUGUACUUGCUUUUGUCGGCUAUGCUCUGUCAAGCUUCAUGCUUUACACAUUUGCUCCUUUUGUUUUAAAGUUGAGUGGAGCAGCAAUGUUUAAUCUUUCUCUUCUAACAUCUGAUAUGUGGGCAGUGGUUUUUAAAGUCUUCUUGUACCACCAAGAGGUGGAUUGGUUGUACUUCCUCUCUUUCGCACUUGUAGUUAUUGGACUCAUCGUUUAUUCUGCAACAGAGAAGGAUACUGCUAUUCCUGCACCUGCUACCGAGGAUGGGAAUCUGAACACACAAUACCAAAUGCUUCAUGAUGAAAGCACGGUCUCUGAAAAUGGUUCUUUUGCUUCAUGAGGGUGAUCACAUUUUGCACUUGAAAUGGGAAAAGUACAAUCUCGUAUUCGUAGUAUUCACAAUGUUACAAUAUUAGGCAGUUCCUGUUGAGAAAUCCACUGAGAUUAUUAUUUCUUCGCUGCCCUUCCUCAAGGUGCUAAUUGUGUUUCCGUUAGAAUAGAAAGUAAAGAAUUCUGUAGGUAAAAGAGAAUAAUACCCAAAUAAGGGGUAAACAUUGGGAAUGCAUGUUCAAGCUUCUAUGCUUAUAAGUUAUAAGAACUAAAGAAA